UUGGAGGAAGUGGUAAAGAAGGCGGAGAAUGAGACUGAAGAAUGGCUCCUUGCGCAAAUUAUGGAGAAGGAAUGGUCUGUCUCUGAGAAAGUUAAUAAGGCUGUGGACGGUUCGAAAUGGACACCACCCCCUUCGGGUUGGCUGUGUUGUAAUGUGGGAGUUGAUUGGAGUAAAAGGGACGGCCAGGGUGGUGGAGGAUGGGUCCUAAGGAAUGAGCGUGGUGUUGUCAUCCUUCACAGUCGGAGAGCCUUUUCGGGUUUGUUUAACAAAGAUGAAGCAAACUUUGAAAUCCUUAAGUGGGUGGUAGAGAGUAUGAGAAGCCACCGCAUCUCUAAUGUGAUCAUUUCAGGUGACUUGGAGGCUAUGUUUGGAGCAAUAUCAAGACCCGAUGCUUGGCCAUCUUUUCUUUUCUAUGUUGGUGAAAUUGAAAGAGAGUUGGUGGGCACCUCUGGUAUUAUAUUUCAGAAAGUAUCACGAGAGGAAAACAGAGGAGCCAUGCUUAUUGCGCAAAGUGUGACAAGAAAGGGAUUGACGCAAUCUUAUGUAUCGAGUGGCCACCCUAAUUGGUUGUAUGAAUUUUUUGUUAACGAAAGUAGACAUAUCUAGUUUUUUAGUUUCAGGUUCCAGCAGAGUGUAUUUCUUUGUGGGAGGCCAGUUGUAAUGGCGCAAGGCACCAUGAUCCUCUUUACGGUAUUUGGUCCUUUCGUCAGUUUGCAACGGCUCUGCUCUAUGUGGUUCUUGGUUUGUAGUCGUGGUUAGGUGUGUUUGGGGACAUCAAUAAAAUUAUCGUUGGAAAAAAAAAAAAACACGCGCGAACGUUUAACCGACUUUUCUAGUUAUAUUUCAUCUUUGGCGUUGAUUAAUUCACACGUCAACAAUUUGAGACCGUAGGAUCUCUCUCUGAUAUCCCCGAAAUUUUAAACCGACUCGGGAUUCUGGGGUUCUAUAUAAGAAGUGGUCAACUUCUUAUUCCUUUGCACCCAAAUCUCCCGCUAAUUAGGCGAUGGUUCUCUUGUUAGGGUUUGGGCUCGAUUUUUCCAGGCCGUUCAUCGAGGUACGUUCUUGUCUAUUCCUAGGUUUUCUCGAUUUUUGGUUCCUACUGUUCCUAUUUCUAUAGGGAUUGAAUAAGAGCGGAGAGGGAUAAACGAGAUCUGAUCAAGUCUCGUUGAUCAACAAACCACGACAAGUCCUUUGUGUAAAGAGGAGCGAUCUUAGUCCUGGUAUCUUCUUAUUGCGUUAUCUGUACAUGUUUCGUUUGGGCUCUCAAACGGAAAAAGAAAGUAGUUAGGGAUGUAUAUGACCUUUGCCAUGACAGGUGCGCUUGCUUGGCAGGUCACAAACCUAAUAAAAAGAGAGUUUUUGUUCUGCGGAGGGAUGGGAGAUGGUACGGGAUUGGGUAAUAUUCUUUCUUUUUCCGGCUCUCCCUCCCUCUGGUCUGUGUGUCUUGUGUCUCUCUUUUUACUUUCUUGCUCAUUCAUAUGCUUCUUGCAUACCACUAACAUGCUUCUUGCAUGCACAUUAUGCUUCUUGCAUAACAAGAACAUGCUUCUUGCAUACCCACAUUAUGCUUCUUGCAUACCACAAAGAGUAUCACAGACCGAACUUUGUGGCAUCACUUGUGUCUCUCUAAUAUGCGGCCUGCAUAUGAACGAAGAGAAUCACUACAUCACUUGUGCUCUUUAUUAUGCUUCUUGCAUGUGCUAAUCUUCUCAAGGGCUGAAUGACAUUCAGCCUUUGAUGACCAAAACGAUGGUAAUAUUAUGUGUAAAUCUUUUUUUUCUCAGAAACAUAUGAAAGAACAAAGGUGAAAAGUAGUAAAAUUUGAAUUUUUAGUUAAAUGCCGUUUAUUUUGCGUUCUCCAGCUACUUAAUAUGUUUGCAGAAUACUGUUCUGUUACUCUAUUGCAAUCAUGUAGCUUGUACUCACUCUCAUAGACUAUUGAUAAGUUUUUAGAGUACUAUUGUCAAUAAAUUCUCAAGCUAAUAUGGAUAGUGGAUUUGUAUAUUAUCUUCUUUGGUUCAGAUUGGGUACGUGGCUAUGAUUAUAAGCCUAUUUGCAUAUACAUUAACAAUCAAAGGUUUGGCUCAAGUAGUUGUUGUUCUGAUGUGUGGUGUACUGUGUUGUGGGUAACACUUAAAUGUGACUCAUGUGAGCUAUGCCGGUUUUUAGGGUUUUUACCAUCUGAGUUAUCCUAAAGUGGUGGAUAUGUGUUUCAAGAAUGGUUGGUAGGACGAUGGAAUCUGAAUCUAUAAAAGCUGAACAGUUGCAAGGAGGUUGGUCUCUGUAUCUUGUGGAUUUACAAGGCUUUUUGGUAAACACUAUUAUCCAACGGUGCUUACAUAAUGACCAUCUAAUAUGAGCAAGCCUUCGUCUGUGUAUAUGUUUUUUGGAUACAAACGAGAGAGUAAGAAGUGGACCUGUCGGUUUAGAUGGGAAAGUACAAUCUGCAAGAAAGUUCGGCUGUA